CAUCACUGAGUGCGUCAAUCAGCAUUUACUGAGGUCGGCUGCUUGUGUAUAAAUACACCAGCAAACACAUACGCUUGGAUAAGUUGUACGCACAAGGUCCGAUCAUCUAAUUCCCGAUCAAUUCAGCGACGUCGUUUGGGAGACAUGAGCAAGACGGUAUGUGUAACUGGAGCCUCAGGCUACAUAGCAUCAUGGCUUGUCAAGUACUUGCUUCAGCGUGGUUACACCGUGAAAGCUUCUGUCAGAGAUCCCAAUGAUCCAAAGAAAACAGGCCACUUGCUUGCACUUGAGGGAGCUAAGGAUAGACUUCAGCUGUUUAAAGCGAACUUACUGGAAGAAGGGUCGUUUGAUGCUGCCGUUGCUGGUUGUGAAGGUGUCUUCCAUACAGCAUCACCUUUUACUCAUGCCGUUGAUGAUCCGCAGGCAGAAUUGAUCGAUCCUGCAGUUAAGGGCACACUUAAUGUACUCGGGUCAUGUGCAAAAGCUCCCUCAGUAAAAAGAGUGGUCUUGACUUCUUCUGUUGCAGCGGUUGCAUACAAUGGUAAGCCCAGGACUCCUGAUGUGGUAGUAGACGAGUCGUGGUUUUCUGAUCCCGAGUUCUGCAAGGAAAGUAAGAUGUGGUAUGUUCUCUCAAAGACAUUAGCUGAAGAUGCAGCAUGGAAGUUUGUCAGAGAAAAGGGCAUCGACAUGGUCACAAUCAAUCCAGCAAUGGUUAUCGGCCCUCUUCUUCAACCUACCCUGAACACAAGUGCAGCUGCAAUUUUGAACCUGAUAAAUGGAGCACAGACAUAUCCAAAUGCUUCCUUCGGCUGGGUUAAUGUCAAGGAUGUUGCGAAUGCUCAUAUUCUGGCGUAUGAAACUCCUUCCGCUAAUGGAAGAUAUUGUUUGGUUGAGAGUGUUGUACACCAUUCAGGGGUUGUCGAUAUUCUACGCAAACUAUAUCCUUCUCUCCAACUUCCAGACAAGUGUGCGGACGACAAACCCUUUACACCAACAUAUCAGGUUUCCAAGGACAAAACAAAAAGCUUGGGCAUUAGCUAUACUUCACUAGAGGAUGGUAUCAAGGAAACGGUCGAGAGCUUGAAAGAGAAGAAAUUUUUUGUGGCCUAAAUAGUUAUUAAUUGGUAGUAUUUCCCUAAAUUUGUUCUGGAUUCUGUAAGAGCCUUUUAUUCCCCUGUUGACCAAUGCCAUUUAAUGGGCAUUAGGACAUGUCACUUAAGAUGAGAUCAGUUGGACCUUGUUGCUGCCCUGUUGCCUUGUGUGAAUGUUUAGUAAAUAAUGCAGUUUGAUGAACAAUUGGACAUGUCUGCUUGAGAUGAGAUCAGUUGGACAUUGUUGCUGUACUGUUGUUUGUGUGAAUCUUUAGUACCUAAAAGUUCAGUGA